GAGUAACAUAUUGCACUGAACAAAGAACAACACUUUGAAAAAUAAGAGUAGAAAGAAAAAAUGGGGAAAGUUUCUAAGCGAUUAGGGUUUUUGGGUUUGAUGCUUGUGGUUCUCAUUAUUGGAGUUGCGGAAUGUAGGAGACUUGAGAAGGAUACUUUGGGAGGUGGUGGUCUUGGAGGAGGGGGUGGUGCUGGAGGAGGAUUUGGUGGUGGCAAAGGCGGUGGUGGGGGUGUUGGAGGAGGAGCCGGUGGCGGUGCUGGUGGGGGAUUUGGUGGGGGUGCUGGUGGAGGCAAAGGUGGUGGUUUAGGUGGUGGUGGAGGUCAAGGUGGAGGAUUUGGUGGUGGUGCUGGAGGAGGAUUAGGCGGCGGAGCUGGUGGUGGUCAUGGUGGUGGUGCGGGAGGAGGAUUUGGGGGUGGUGCUGGAGGAGGUGGCGGUGCUGGAGGAGGAUUUGGCGGUGGUGCUGGUGGAGGCCAUGGUGGCGGUGCUGGAGGAGGAUUUGGCGGUGGUGCUGGAGGAGGUCACGGCGGCGGUGCUGGUGGAGGAUUUGGCGGUGGUGCAGGAGGUGGAGGAGGCCAUGGUAGCGGUGCUGGUGGAGGAUUUGGUGGCGGUGCAGGAGGUGGAGGAGGCCAUGGUAGCGGUGCUGGUGGAGGAUUUGGCGGUGGUGCAGGAGGUGGAGGAGGCCAUGGUGGUGGUGCUGGUGGAGGAUUUGGCGGUGGUGCAGGAGGUGGAGGAGGCCAUGGUGGUGGUGCUGGUGGAGGAUUUGGUGGUGGAGCUGGAGGAGGGCACGGUGGUGGAGCUGGAGGGGGCUUUGGCGGUGGUGCAGGAGGUGGAGGAGGCCAUGGUGGCGGAGCUGGUGGAGGUUUUGGUGGCGGUGCAGGAGGAGGAGGAGGCCAUGGCGGAGGGUUUGGUGCUGGUUCUGGAGGAGGCCGUGGGGGUGGAUUUUGAAUAUAGUUUUAUACUUACUUGUGUCUCAAGCCAGAUUAAAAAGAAGGAUGUUUUCUGAAGCUUUUUAUUAUGAAUGAAUGAAAUAAAUGAUAGUAUUUAAG